CGUGCGGACACGCCUUCUUGUCAUCGCAGUGAAGGGGCGGGGUUCGGUUCUGCAUUCGCUACCAAGAUGGCAACGUCCAUAGCGCUCAGCCUGGAUAACUUACCGUCUGAUCCCUUACUGCUGGUGCUGUCAUUUCUGGACUUCCGAGAUCUGAUCAGCUGCAGUUUUGUAAGUCGUCGACUCAAUGAUCUGACAGGUCAUAACCCCCUAUGGAAGAGACUUUGUCAGAAGCACUGGCUCCUUACUGAGGCAGACAAAACCCACAGAGGCCUGGCCUGGAAGGAGCUGUUUCGGGAGUAUUAUUCUGAUCUGGGCCGUUACAUCGACUAUUACAGCACUCUCAAGAAAGCCUGGGAUGGACUGAAAAACUACCUGAAUCAGAAAUGUCCUCGAAUGAUAACUUCACUUAAAGAAGAGGGAGCGAGGGAGGAAGAGCUAGACACCAUUGAGGCCCAGAUUGGCUGCAAACUCCCUAAUGACUACCGUUGCUCCUAUAGGAUACACAAUGGACAAAAACUGGUGGUCCCUGGGCUGAUGGGCAGCAUGGCUUUGUCCAAUCACUAUCGCUCAGAAGACCUGUUGGAUAUUGAGACAGCGGCAGGGGGAUUUCAGCAGAGGAAGGGCAUGCGGCAGUGUCUUCCACUCACGUUUUGCUUCCAUACCGGCCUUAGCCAGUACAUGGCCCUGGAGAGCACAGAGGGACGAACACGCAGUGAGAUCUUCUAUCAGUGCCCGGAUCAACUGGCACAAGAUCCCUCUGGGAUUGACAUGUUCAUUACAGGUUCUAACUUUACUGAGUGGUUUACUUCCUAUGUUGACAAUGUUGUAACAGGAGAAUACCCCAUCAUUCGAGACCAGAUCUUCAGGUAUGUUCAUGACAAACGCUGUGUGGCAACAACUGGUGACAUCACCGUAUCAGUCUCUACCUCCUUCCUGCCAGAGCUCAGUUCAAUCCAUCCGCCACACUUUUUCUUCACCUAUAGAAUCAGGAUUGAGAUGGCAAAGUCGGCCCUGCCAGAGAAUGCAUGCCAGCUAGACAGUCGGUACUGGAAGAUCACGAAUGCAAACGGAAAUGUGGAGGAGGUCCGAGGCCCUGGCGUCGUGGGCGAGUUUCCAGUGAUGACACCUGGUAAAGUUCACGAGUAUGCCAGCUGUACCACGUUUUCCACCACUUCCGAGUACAUGGAAGGCCACUACACAUUCCACCGGCUCAAGAACAAAGAGGAAGUGUUUGACGUAUCAAUCCCACGAUUCCACAUGGUGUGCCCACCAUUCCGUGACUCAAUGGUGCGCUCGAGCUCAGUCAGUGAGGUGUCUGCUCCGUAUGAUGAUGACAAUUCAUCGGACACAGAUGACUACGAGGAGGGAGAAAUGCGUGGCAUGAACAUGGCUGACCCAGGAGGGCGCUGCCCUCGGCAUGUCUGAUGCACUUUUUCAUGCCCACUGGGCAACACCCACCCACAGAUACUGAUGCAUAGACACUCUCACACAAACAGGAGAGCAAGAGGACAAACGGAGCUUUUAGGCAUCCAUUGUUUAUUGUAGAGCGCCUUUGUGCCUGUCACCUCUUUUUCCAGUUUGUGAGGGCAUGUGUCUGCUUGUGGAGUGGUUGUGUCUGUGCGCGCCUGUGGACGUGUGAGAUCAUUGUAUGUGUGUUUGAGUCUGCAAGUGUGUUUUGUGAUUGAGUGAGAGUGAGGGAGUUUAUUGAAUGUGUGUGAGAUUCUGUGAGAUUGGCUCUUCUUGCCUAGGAUUCACAGUGACCUGCCACUUACAUAAAGGGAUGGUUCAGCCGAGAAUUGAAAUUUGCUCACCCUUAUGUCAUUCCAAACCUGUGUGUGUUUGUCUCCUGUCGAACACAAAAGAAUAUAUAUAUUUUUUGUCCAUGCAAUCAAAGUCAGUGGGGUCCAGUGUUGUUUUGACUUUAAUUGUAUGGACAAAAAUAGUUCUUCAAAAUAUUUAUGUUCCACAAAAGUCAUACAAGUUUGGAACGACAUGAGGGUGAGUCAAUGAUGACAGAAUUUUCAAUUUUGAACUAUCCAUUUAAGACCUUACAAUUGCAGCAAGAGCAUGAGCAAAAAGUAUGUCACUACUGUUAGUGUACACACUCUGAAUCAGAUAGCAUACUUCACAGAAAGACAAAAAUGAAUCAGUCCCAUUCAUUUCCUCCACAAGGCCUCAGGUAUUGUGUAGCGUGUAUGUGCUUGUGUAUAUAUGUUUGUGGUUGUGUCUUCUGUACAGAGGGUUUCAGGGACAGGCUGAGGUCCAGACCUUGUAAAGUCAAACUGGUUUAUUCAAAGAUGAGUAAAAAGCACAUAGACCCAAACCAGCCAGUUCAUGCAAACAUCAGCUUACCCGCACAAGCAAUCAUUACUUGCUCUAGUGCUCUGUGUUGGUAGCUGUUCUGAGGUGCUGAUGUCCUGUUCUCAGAAAUGUAUGGCUGCAUGUAAACCGAAGGUCAGCUAGCACAUUGGUGUAAAGAAUAUUUUUAUCUCAUCUUAAGGGCUGGAGGUUACACAGACUGCUGUGAAUAGCAAGAUAAGUUAAUUUUAUGAUAAGUUUAUGGCAUUAUUAUGACCUUUUCAAUUUGUUGUAAUUUACAGCUGUUUUUCAGAUUGAAAUGGAGGCAGACUCAAGAAUUUCUCUGCUCCCCCCCCCCCCCCCCCUUCUCCCUUCCUAAUAAUGGCAAUGUGAGGUAAUUUUGCCUAAAGAUAUGUAUGAUUUUGAUUUUGAUGUUUAUAACUGCACUUAAUAUGUUAUCAUCUUUGUAAAAUAAUGCUGUGCAGUGGGAUUUUUCAACAGUUUGCUAUUAUGUUCUCUGGUUAGCCCCGUCGAACCUCCCAGAUUAGUAAAUAACUCUUUUCAUUUUGUAUGAGGUUUUUUUUUUUAUUUGGUGUAAAUAAAAAGGUAAUGGUGUAUCAA